AUGGAUGAUUUGAUACUGCAAAAAGACUGCCAAGGGCAAGUAGGCGACCCCCCGCUCGCUGAGGACAUCCCCCAAAUUGUCGAUAACCCUAUCCGUCGUCUCCAUCCCGUCUUUCCCACCUGCAUAAGACAGCUCCAAGAGUUUAGACUCCUCCUCAAACGUCACUUUGCCCUCCUUCUUUUCCCUCAGCCUCUCAGGCAGGGCUGGUAA